UUUCCCCCGGCAUCCAUAACAGCCACCCCUCUCUUUAGCACUGCAGCCAUGAACGCCCUCCUGCUCUCUGCACUGUGCCUCCUCGGGGCUGCCCUGGCAGGAGGGGUCACCGUGCAGGAUGGAAAUUUCUCCUUUUCUCUGGAGUCAGUGAAGAAGCUCAAAGGCCUCCAGGAGUCCCAGGAGCCCAGGGUUGGGAAAUUCAGGAAGUUUGGAUUCACGCCUGGUGCACCUGUGGUUUCCAUCCUCUGUAGCAACCCAAACUUUCCAGAAGAACUCAAGCCUCUCUGCAAGGAGCCCAACGCCCAGGAGAUGCUCCAGAGGUUGGGUGCCGGCAGCCUAAUCCAGCAUGGGGAAAAAAGCAGUGAUGCUGGAGGCAGAUUGAGCCAAGUUCAAAUCCUAGUUCUACCGCAGCUGUGUGGUUUAGGUGCAGAAGUCUUUUUUGGAAUAGAUCCCAGCAGCCCAGGCCCCUUUCCAUUGGUUCUCAGAGUGUGCUUCCCUGAGGAUGGCGCUGUGUAAACAAAGGCUUUUUCUUCUCCCGGGAGAGACCCGAGCUUGGUUGGCGUUCUUGUGUUCUGUCCCAUGGGGCAGCUGGAGAACAGAAAGGAAGAAGUUGGGGCCAAGUGUGGUGGCUCAUGCCUGUAAUCCCAGCACUUUGGGAGGCCAAGGCAGGUGGAUCACCUGUGGUUAGGAGUUCGAGACCAGCCUGACUAACAUGGAGAAACCCCAUCUCUACUGAAAAUACAAAAUUAGCCAGGAUCUACUAAAUACAAAAUUAGCACAUGCCUGUAAUCCCAACUACUCAGGAGGCUGAGGCAGGAGAAUUACUUGAACCCGGGAGCCGGAGGUUGCAGUGAGCCAAGAUCAAGCCAUUGCACUCCAGCCUGGGCAAGAAGAGCAAAACUCCAUCUCAAAAAAAAAGAAAAGGAAAAGAAGAAAGAAUUUGGGGGCACUCAGGACACAAGGAGAGAACUCUCCAUGAAGACCUGGAUUGCAACUUCUCCUUGACAGACAGCAAGAUCGUUGACAGUUUCUUCCAACAACACUUCCUUUUACAGUGAGUCUGAAGAAAGUAGUGCUCUCUUCACAGGAAGGCAAAGAAAAACGAGCUCCCCUUGGCUCUUGCCCAUUGUAGUGCCCACACUGCUGGGACAGCUUUAUGCACAUAUUUGGAGAAGUCCUUGAUUGUUGAGUUCUUUGACCACAUUCCAAGAACCAGCAGUGCCUGCUUGGAGCAUGAUCACUGGAAGCCAAGACUGGGCCAAGAUAUGUUGAAAAUUGCCCACGAGUUUAUAGCAACUUUGGCGGUGUGACAUGUAUACACAAGAACUCAAGACCUUGAAAAUCUGUUUAGGCGCUGAGCUGCACAAAUAAAACCAAGUACUGCUGCAGCUCCGCACGUUAAUUCAGCUAGGAGUUUUCUACUUAUCCAUGGGCUUGACUUGCCAUCCGUGGGCAGGUUUGGGUGACUGUCCAUCGAGCUUAUCUCUUGGGAGGAUAAUAUUCGUUCCUUGUGCAUGAGGAGCAGAGGAAGAAAGGCUCCUAUCGGCCGUGAGGCAGGGAGAUCUAAUCUUAUUUAUUCCUAUUCCUGCUCCCUACACCACUAAGAACUGAAUUUGGUCUGGGCUUUCUUAGAAACUUUUCAGUCUGGAAUAUACCUUGAGCACUUGAGACAUCAGGGGUCCCAAGGGACUCUUGAGGACUUUCUUUCUCUCUAAGGCACAGUGUAAGAGCAGUACGAUCCAGUGUGCCACUGCAGCUCCAGGCAUCCCAUCCCUAUUCCUGUUUCCCAAGUAGAAAAGAAGGGGCUGUGAAGAAACCUUCUCCUUGUGUGCUGUCUCAUCAGAGAAGAACGUUCCCAAAUGUCCCCAGCAGACCUCUGCUUGCGUGUUAUUGGCCAAAACCGUGUCACAGGUCUUUCCCCAGGCCAAUCACUGGCAUCGGAUUGCCAUGAUUGGCGUAGACUGCCAUGUUCUAUCUCCUAGGCCAGGCACACUGGGCUUUGGUGGCAAGAAAGAAGUGAGGCAGGAACUGUAUUGUCCCAUAGAUCCUUUAUCAUAAGAGCAAUGAGGAGCCAUUGUAGGACUUUAAGCAGGAGAGUGGCAUGAUCAAAAAUGUGUUGUCAAAAGUCACCUUGGCAAGGGAGUGAGGUUAACAGAAGCAUGAAUGCAAAUGGGGAGAUUAGUUUCUAGCUGUCCAGGUUUUUAUCCUAAUAGUUGAGUUAGACAGGAUUUCACUUUAUGUGCCAUAAGUAUUAAUGCUUUUCUUAAGGCUUUAAUUUGUUGCAUAAUAAUGCUUUGAAAAACAUCCUGAAAUCUUUUCCCUUCUUAGUAAUUUGCUUUUUGGCCCUCUUGCAGCCCUUAAGGCUGGGCUGGGUGGCCAGCCUCCUCCAGGGAAAGGAGGGGGAAUACCUUCUAAAACAAAGACUGCAUUUCUGAGCGUGGAAUUAGACUUUAAAACACUCCUGAAGACAACAGUCUAGAACAGGGGGUGGCAUGCAGUCAGACCCUGUGGCGUUUUAGUAAAUAAAGUUUUAUUGGAAACAGCCAUGCUGGUGUGCUCAGGUACCAUCUGUGCUGCUUUGAUGCUACCACAGCAGAGCUGGGCAGCUGUGACAGGGACUGUGUGGCCCACAAAACCUAAAAUAUUUACAAUCUGGUCUUUUACAGAAAGGAAGUUUGCUGACUCUAGUGGAGAAAGGCAGGCUUUGGAGAGAGCAGGCGUUUUCCAGGAAUAUCUGGAGCUGCAUUUUUACAUGCCAGAAUCCAAAGCCUGGAGGGCUCUACAUAGAAGAGGAAGGAUGAAGACAUAUCACAGGGACGGUUUUGCCACCCAGUACUAGGGACAGUCCCUCGAGUGAGAGGCAGGCAGGCCUGGUGAGUUUUGGGUGUGAGUGAUGUCCUAUCCUCCCCUUCAGAGUCAGAACUCCUAACUGCCUGCCAGGCAUAGCUCGGGGACAUUCAAGACACCAAGAACGUUCUGCAUUUGGCCUGGUACUGCUCAAAUGUGGCUCAGCGAGGCAGGGUAGGUAGCAGUGGCCCAGGAGGCUCCUCAAAGCAGCCUCACCUGAUCCCAUCACUCCUGUCUCUGCUUGGACAACUUGGACAGUGGAGAAGGCCUUUUUCCCUUAUCCCUCACUCUCACUCCACUGAGCCAGCCCUUCCUCUCCAUACCCACAAAGAACUUCAGACCCCUCUUUUCACAACACUCGCUUGACCUGUAAUUAUUCAUUCAGUAUCUAUUUAGCCUACAAACAAUUAAUCCUCUGAGGCAGGGACUAUCAUUUGUUUAUGGCUUUAUGCUAAGCAUCUAACUCAUUGAUAACACUAAGCGGAUAUGCAAUGAAGGAACGAGUGAGUAACUCAAAAGACCACUGCCUAGGUUAUCCCUCUCUGUUUGCUGUUUUAUUUCAAAUAGAUGUUGGCAUCAUCACGUUGAAAGGCAAGAUCCCCAUCUAUGAGAGGAGAUGAGAAAACCAUCAGGCUUGGUGGCUACCUUUGCUGGCAACACUUGGAAACCACAGAAGGCCCUGGAGCUAAGACAUGUUCUGUGAUGCUGAAGUGUCUACAUUGACAUGCACCUUUACCAGCCUCUCCAAUAAACGUUGCUGGUAUUUGCAGGGAACAAAGACUCCCACAUCGGUUUCUCCUUUGGGGAAGUGAAGCCAACUGGCCACCAUCUAACUGAACCAAUCAGCCUGAGGUAUGGCAAGUGUGCACACGAACAGAACAAGAUGUCACAGGAGCAAUAACCUGGCUGAAGUGCCCUGGGACAAAGAGAAGUUGGUGGGGGUUGGGCCAAAUAAUUCAAAUAAUUUGGUGAUUUUAUGCUUGAACAUUAUUCUUCAGUAACUAGUUCAAAAAAUGAAAAAAAAACACAAUCUCCACAAAUUUCUACCGAAAUCAAUAAUAACAAUAAAAGGCAAUCUUUGUUUCAUGUUCAACAAGGGCUGGUUGCUCUUCUGAGUACCUGACAUACGUUUCUUGUUUAAUCCUGACAACUACCCUAUAAGACACCCGUCAUUCAUUCAUUGAAAAGCUGUUCAAGGGGCACCUACCUGUAUCAGGCCUUGUGCAGGCCCUGAGAUGCACAAAGACAGGAAACAAGACAGGCAGGGAAGGUCCCUGCACUCCUGGAACUUACAUUCUUGUGGGACCAUUAUUAGUCCCAGCCUAUAAUCUGAAAAAAACAAAGUUCUGAAAAGCCCAGUCAUUUGCCCCAAUUCUGUGUUGAAUAAAUAAUUUGAUCAGGCCAGGAUUCAGUUCUAGAUAUCUCUGACCCUAAAAUGCCUAACCACUUCUCCUGCUGUGUUUUUU